AUGUCGACCCUGCUGUGCAAGGCGUGCAGCUUCUCAUCAACUCCUCAACAUGGGGACUUUGGGGCGCUGGGCCCCACAUCCCAUCAGAGGCAUCGAUUGGCCGCAAACGAAGGUCCCUGGCCGUGCAGUGUCAGAUGGCCAUUGACUGUCGAUGUGGAGAUCUCUUCAUGUGAACAUAAGCUUUCGCAUUGUCGUGGGCAUCACUCCCGACGGGCUAGGCAGUGUGACCCAAUGCUGGCACCCAUCGCCCGUCCGAUCCUACCUCCACCCCUACUUGGGAGCUUGCACCAGGCCUCCCAAUCACAAAGUUCCCAACCAGGCGAGGUGUCCAUUGCGCGCUUGACCCUUGCCAUGCAGAGGUCGCUAGUCCCUUCCCAUCUCGUCUUCCCCGGUCAUGCAUUUUCUGCUUGUCUCACAUCAUCUGUCGUACGGUACAUGAGCGCGUCAUCCGGGUGCCGCAUCCCUGCAAUGAAUCGCGGCACGGUGGCUGCAUGCGAGUUGCCGCCAGGCACUCCUCCCUACACCUGCUCGACCUAG